UCCAUUAGCUGACGAUCACUUUGAUUUGUUUGGCCGCCGGAGUACGAGGGGACGCCGGGGAGCUUGGAGAGCUUUGCGGGCCGACAUGUGGACAACUUUGCAGGCCGAACCACACUGACUAUAGGCGGACUUGUCCUUCCUGCUGCUGCUGGAUAAUUGUUGGCUUUAUUUCUUUUUCCUGCAGCCUCCUGGACAAAGACAGGAAACAAACAAACAAGUAAGCCGGCUGGUCCCGCCUGUCCCGCCAAGCUGCAGCAUCGGGGGAGAGCGAGCCACUGGCCUGAGCUGGGCGGCGCAGUGAGCGCCUGUAGCAUGAUGUCCUACCUCAAGCAGCCCCCCUACGGCGUCAACGGCCUGGGGCUCAGCGGCGCCGCCAUGGACCUGCUGCAUCCCUCUGUGGGAUACCCAGCGACGCCCAGGAAGCAGCGGCGAGAGAGGACCACCUUCACCCGCUCUCAGCUCGACGUCCUGGAGGCCCUGUUCGCCAAGACCCGGUACCCGGACAUCUUCAUGCGCGAGGAGGUGGCGCUCAAAAUCAAUCUGCCGGAGUCCCGAGUUCAGGUGUGGUUCAAGAAUCGUAGGGCCAAGUGUCGUCAGCAGCAGCAGAGUGGCAGCAGCGCCAAAGCCCGGCCCCCCAAGAAGAAGUCCUCUCCGGCCCGUGAGAGCACCGGGUCCGAGAGCAGUGGCCAGUUCACACCGCCUGCUGUCUCCAGCACGGGCUCGUCAUCAUCUUCGUCCUCGUCGGCCAACCACACAGGCCCGGCGGCACUCAGCAGCACGUCCACGUCCAUCAGCACUGUGUCAUCCAUUUGGAGCCCCGCCAUCUCCCCCGGAAACGCACCUGCUCCUGCCGUGGCCCCGCUACCCGAACCUGGACCGCCCUCAAACGCCUCUUGCAUGCAGCGCUCCAUGUCGGGCUCAGCCGCCACCGCCACCUCCUACCCCAUGUCAUACAACCAGACACCGGGCUACGGACAAGGCUACCCCGCCCCCUCUAGCUCCUACUUUGGCGGCGUGGACUGCGGCUCCUACCUGGCGCCUAUGCACUCCCACCACCACCCCCACCAGCUCAGCCCCAUGACAGCAUCGUCCAUGUCAGGCCACCCUCACCACCACAUCAGCCAGUCUUCAGGCCACCACCACCAUCACCACCAUCAGGCGUACGGUGGCUCUGGCCUGGCUUUCAACUCCUCCGACUGCCUGGAUUACAAAGAGCAGACGGCCGCCUCGUCAUGGAAGCUCAACUUUAACGCCACAGACUGUUUGGACUACAAAGACCAGACCUCCUGGAGGUUCCAAGUCUUGUGAUCGGCCUUUUUUUUUUUUUUUUGCCCUCCCUGCUGGCGUUCUCACAUUAGCUCCUGUUCCUUUUAAAGAUUAGACAUAAGACCACAAGAUGGGAAUGCUGUGACUUCUUCUCUCAAAUAAAAAAAAGAAAUUAAAUGAACGGUCGUGAGUUUAUUGGAGAUCAUUGCUGUGGAUGACAAACAUUGAUUUCAAGAAAACCCCCCGCCGUCCCUCCUCUGUGACCACCAGCUCUCUGGACGGGAAGAAUAUUUCACCUCCAAUCAAUCCCCUUGUACAGUUUUUAUUUGGCAAAUUUGUUAUUUUAGAUGCAAGAAGAAGAUUUUUAGUCAGCACCUGUGAGGAGCUGAAAUGUGUAAAUAUGUAUUUGGGUCAGUUCCAGUGACCGCCUUUAGUUGGUGUUUUUGCAGCUGUUUAUUACCACUUUGGGAGGGAAUAAGGACAAAAAAUGUAUGUAAAUCUUUCCAAAGAGAUCAAAUUGGCCAACUUUUAUAUACAAUGUUUGUUUGACUCAGAGGGGGAGAAAUGUUUUAGAAAUUUGUCUUGGAAAAACCCCAAAACUCUAGAUGCAGGGAUUAAUCUGGAUGUUUUGUUUUCCCCGGAUGAUCUAAAAAUGGUUUCUGAUGAAAUUGUUCUGCUAGCUUCUCGUGAUGUUUGAACACAGCACUUGACUUCGGUGGAGUCAACACAUUUUUAACAUUUUUAUUCUUUUGAAGAGGAAAUGUCCCAAAUGCCAGUGAGAUGUUGAAUGUAUCCUAAAGGCGACCAUGACCCUCACUUCCAUGUUCAUCCAAUAAAGAUCCCUUCAGUCAUAUUUACUCCACACAGUCAGUUCUGUCCUACGCUUGUCAAACGCUCACAUUUCAACUCUUAUUUACAAGCUUGUCAAUUCGUUUUGCCCCCAAUUAUAACGUUUAGCACAUGCAAAUUGAUACAAGGGAAGCUGUGGCAUUAAUCCCACGCUCUGCUUGGAGCUCAUUUGAUCGAGGCGUCAUUGAACGCAGCGUGAAAAAAAAGACUUAACAAAAAUAUCCUGCAGGAAUUUCACUGUUGCUGAUGCGCUAAUUACGUAGGUGGGGCAGGUUAGGGGGGUCGCAUGGAAGUGUGUGUGUCUGUGUGUGUGUGAGCCUGCAAGCAAAAGCAUUAGACAAGAAAGGGAGGGGAGAGCAAAGAGGAAGCAAAAACAAUUUAACUUCUCUAAUUAACAUUUGCAGACGAUAUAGUUAGCUAAUGUGUUCACAACAUUACAAACUAUUUUUACUACGUUUAAAUUCCUUUAAAUAAUUCUAAUGUAAUUUUCCAAAGCUUCAAUGAUCCUAAGUGACUCAUUUUUUUCUGAGAGACGAUUGAUCCCUGCUCGAGAAACGGUGUUCGCCGUGCACGCGCGAAUAAACCAGCCGGGCGUCAAUCGUGUUCGCGCCAAAUCAAGUCUCUGUUUUUUAAUUAACUGUCAAAGGCCAAACGUUAAAACGGGGCAUUAAAAGUGAAGAAGCACACAGGUGAAUAAGGAUACAAAAUGACACUUGUUGUGGACAAGCACAUCUGGAAUAGUACACUAAAAGAUAAUUAUUCAAAGAUUACAAUAAAACUACCAUGGCAAAAGUACGAGGACAAUUUAGGUUAUUUGCAAUGAGACGUGACGUUGACAAGGCCAGCAGCGAUUUUAAAAACAUGUUAUAUACACACCAUAUUAUAUAUUAAAACAUCAAAUACUUUAUGUUCCGUAAAAAUAAUUACUAGUGUCAAAAUACUAGAAAUUUUCUUUAAACGCUGAGAUAAGUAACAAAUACAGACUUUAAAGUAAGUUGCUCACAUUUUCUAAUUGCACGCUCAUAAGUGGACACUGUUUAUAUUGUUGCAGUUUCUAUUUAAUCAUGAAAUGUGGUUUGAAUUUUUUUUAUCAUUUAGUUAAAAACAUUAAGUAUUUUAUGGACUACUGUACUAAUGUGUCAAACUAAAGCAUUUUAAUAUACGUAAGUGAAAGUAAAUCCUAUUAAAAGUACACUACAACCAUGCAGGUACAGUACAGGCCAAAAGUUUGGACACACAACACAACUGAUGGUCCCAACCCCAUUAAUAAAGCAAGAAAUUCCAGGAAGUAACCCUGACAAGGCACACCUGUGAAGUGAAAACCAUUUCAGGUGACUAAAUCACAUGUGUUCAUAGUUUUGAGAAUCUACAAUGUAAAUAGCCAUGAAAAUACAGAAAAUGCAUGGAAUGAGAAGGUGUGUCCAAACCUUUGACCUGUACUGUAGAUAUACGAAUAGUACAGCAUAGCUGUUACCCUUUGGCCAAUGCAGUGAAGAAGUGUGACACUUUGUUCACAUUUCUCCUGGAAGUCAACUGGUUGCAUGAGUGCUUGUCAUCUCAAUCAGAGGAUGGUUUAAAAAAAUAAAGAAAAAGGGAACAAAGAUAAAAGAGCAGAAGAAAAUAUGAGCCUGCAUGAAUGUUGACACUAUUUUACUGCUAUUUCCAUGUAGGACCAGACUGUUGAUGCUUGUUUCUGAUUGGCUGGAGAGUGUAGCCACACUUUGGGCUCCUGGUAUUUAUACAGGAAGAUUCUUUUAGCCGAGUAGCUCUUCAGCUACCUCAUUUAUUCUCAUUUUAUUCUCAUUCCUCAUUGUCACUUUCAAAUGCACACAAUCUAAUGACAUCCAAUGAAAGGGCAAAAUAUGACAAUGCUAAUUUUUUACUGACAGUGUCAGAUGCAUUGAUUUAAAAAUAUGUUAAAUCAGUUUUGUGUUCAAUUAGUUGUGUGCUUGUAGUUUGCAGUGUUGCUAAUAUAAAAUGUAUGCACAGUUAUUAUGCAACGACCGGUACAUGAAAAAUAGCAUUUACAUACAGCUUGGACUUGGAACAUAUGCAGAAUAAUCAUCAUAUGCUCUAAAUGCUCACUUGACUCAUCAUUGUGCACACUGUAUAUUGUGUGAUAAAAUGUCCAAACAAGUUUGACAAAUUGAUUACAAAAUUAAUUAAAAGAUGAAAAUGAAACCACCAAAGGGAUAUAUAUGGAAGGUUGUUUUUACUUUUAGGAAAAUGUGCGACCUGUUUCCACUUGACAUUCACUGCAUAUACUGUAUAGCUAUUAAACAGUACGUACACUAAAUACACUUGUUGUACUUUUGGCCUCGUCUGCCCUCAUGAAAGCACCAGCAAUGGAAACACUUCACCAACACUACAGUUGUACAUCACUGCAAACUACCACCACAAUAAU